GCGCAAGGAAUGGGACAUACAGCCAGACUGGAGCUACAGACAGGACUCCCAUUAUCAGGCAUCAAACAAGAACUCUUCCACUGCAUCAGCUGACGAUCAGCUGAUCCCUGGGAAUUCUCCCUCCAACCCCUCCUCUCUCGGAUUCUAUAACCACUGUGUCUUUAGUUUGGCAGCCAAGUGGGGAGUCUCUGUUGCUAAUAUCCAGAGGCAGCAGGAUCCCAGUGAGGGAAGUCAGCAGGCUGGCUUAUGCAAUGCAAAGUGGACGCUCAGGCUCAGUUGCGUGCCUCAGCGAGAGGCAACAGUUGUUUUGGCUUUCCACUCCUUCGAUGGUAGUGUUGUGCUCUGGGAACUCAAGAAGCAGGAAGCUGUGCAGUGCAUUCAGACCGGAGCUCUGGAGAGAAACAUGGAGGUUUUACCAAUGAGAGGCCUUCUUUAGGCUUGGGUAGGGAAUUUGGAAACCGAAGGCUAUAUGUUUCCCUUCCUCUUUUACAUUUCCUUGCCGAUUGCCUUGAGCAGAGCAAGGCAGUCUCACUUGUAAGCGGCAGACAACAUUUUUGGGUCGAAUUGUUUCAUGGGACUUAUUCUCCUCGAUCAACUGGGACACAUCAGGCCAGGGUCAAAAUCCAGCUAACACCCUCUUUCCUUUAUAAACUCAGGUAUCAACCAAUUCUUCUGCAUGUUUGUGUUACCUGUGAUUUUAAGAAGUGUGACAUCUCUCUGGCUGGGACAGCAGGGAGAUAGAACAUCAGGAAGUAGUUGCUGAAUGUUUCUGGUUCUUACCUUUGAAUCCAGAAUCACUAAGUAUAUAAGCCAAGACAAUAACACUGGACUGCCUAAGUUGGGUUCCACCACUGAAACUCCUGGUGCCAACGCCUAUCACUGGACUGCCUUUUCCCCAGGGCACUGACUGUACACCUCUCUACCUACCUACCUCACAACGUCCGGUCAUGCUUUUCAAGAGGAAGUUGUGCUUGUUUUCUCUGUUUGGUGGGAUUCUCUUUGUCAUGAUCACCAUUCAGAAGAACAACAUCCUGUCUAUGACUUUGAUGGAGACCCAUGCCACCUCCAGGACUGUGCCAGGGCCCGCUGUUAACCGAACAUGGGCAACACCCAGUGCCACGGUGCUCAGUCCAGACAGGAUAUGUGAGUGCCCAUCCUGCACAGCGGACAUUAAGUUUUCUGCGUGGUUCGCUCAGCACUAUGACCCCCAGCAGCAGCCCUUCCUCACAGACAGAGACAACAACAUGGACCCCCUGGCCCUGAAGUGGUGGCUGGCUUUGCAGCGGUCCACCGAUGAGCGUACGAUAUACGAGGUGAUCCAGAAGAUGUUCCAGGUCAUCGCUCCCCCCGCCAGGGAUGUCCAACCCAAACAAGCUCAAUGCAAGAAUUGUGCAGUGGUGGGGAACUCAGGAAACCUGCUGGGCUCUCAAUAUGGCUCCUUGAUAGACUCCCAUAACAGUGUCAUAAGAAUGAAUAAAGCCACCACAUUAGGGUUCGAGGUGGACGUGGGCAACAGAACGACACACCACUUCAUGUACCCUGAGAGUGCAGUGGACAUCGGCCCUGGGGUCCACCUCGUCCUGCUGCCCUUUAAACUCCGUGAUCUACAGUGGGUAGCCAGCGCCCUGUCGACGGGAGAGAUCAAAACGACAUACAUGAGGGUGAAAGAUCGAGUACGGGCUGACAAGGAUAAGGUAAUGGUGAUAAAUCCAGCAUUCUUUAAGUACACCCACGACCGGUGGACAGAGCGCCAUGGCAGAUACCCAUCCACGGGCAUGCUGGCCAUAAUAUUUGCCCUGCACAUCUGCGAUGAGGUGUCGGUAUUUGGCUAUGGAGCCGAUCAACAUGGGAACUGGCAUCACUACUGGGAGGAAAACAAGUACGGCGGCGCGUUUAGGAAAACCGGAGUCCACCAUGCUGAUUUUGAGAUGGAGGUUAUCCAAAAGCUUGACACAGAGGGCAAAAUUAAGCUGCACAGGAGAUGAGAAUGAGCAGGGGUGGUGUGUACAGGAUGAAGCCAUUAGAGUGUAGUGGUCUGGUGGUCAGAGACAGUCAAAUAUGUGCCCUGCUCUCUGCAACUAGUGCCUAUGAGCAACACAAACAACCAAAACCACAAACGGGAGUCCUCAAACCACAACAAAAACUUGAAUCAUGUACAUUGCCUUCAGAAACUAUUCAUACCCCUUGACUUAUUCCACAUUUUGUUGUGUUACAGCCUCAGAGAUCUACAGAGAGUUGUGGGAUCUUAUAUAGACAGAUGUGUUUCUUUCCAAAUCCUGAAUUGGCCACAGGUUGACUUCAAUCAAGUUGUAUUGACAUCUCGAGGAUGAUCAAAAGAAAUUGGAUGCACUGGAUGUACCUGAGCUCAAUUUGGAGUUUCAUAGCAAAACGGUGUGAAUACUUACAGUGCCUUCGGGAAGUAUUCAGACCCCUUGACUUUUUCCACAUUUUGUUACCGCCUUAUUCAAAAAUGU